AUGUCAGAUCAUUUACAAGGAACUCAAGCAAUGCUUUCUAAAAUAGUUGGUCAUAAUAAACCAUACAUUCCAUGCCAAGCACACCGUUUAAACACAUUUGUGGAACACAGUUGUGAUGCCAGUAUUAUUGUUGCUGAAUUAUUUAACACAUUAGAGUCCUUAUAUGUAUUUUUUUCUUCAAGCACUAAGAGAGGUGGAUAUCUACAAAAAAAGUUGCUUGAGAUUGAAGGAUCAUUAAAACUUCGCAAUUUAUCAAAGACCAGAUGGACUGCACAGAGCAGUUUCCCUUAA